AACUCGGCUAUCGGAACCUGCUCGGCCGGUGACCUCGUCGGGACUGGGUCCCAAUCCGGACGGCGGACGUCAAGUCUACAGCAGACUCGUGGUCUCUUUGACAUUUUGCCAGACUACACACCCGCCGACAAUGUGACUGGUAGUCUCGGUACACGAUUUUGCGUCCCACCCGGUCCGCCGAGCCGCGGAUGUGUGCCACCAGAGCCAGAUUUGGCUGCCCGCUCCAUGACAGGAGGGCGGGCAAGACAAGAUGGGCCAUUUUGGCCGCCUGUCCUUGGGCCCCGAGGGACUUGGACAGACUAA